AUGCUUGUCGUGUCCGGCUACCUGCACGACGCUCCGGGGACGCCGACGGCGAUCGAACUCCAUGACCCGGCGCCCGUCCUCUGCGCUGGCGGCUGGGGCGUCUGCGCGGCGCUCCCAUCGAGCGGCUCGCUGUUGAUCUGGGAUGGCUUGGGCACCGAAAAUGAACUCGCGCGGCCGGCAGGAUUGGUGGCCGGGCUGGCGUGCGCGGCGCUGGGCUGGGACUUCGUGGCGGGCGCCGAUCGCGACGGCGGCGUGGUGGCGUGGGGCUGGAACGGUUGGGGCCAGGUGGCGCGCGGGAGCGGGGGCGAUGAGGCCGCGGAAGGGACUACAUAG